AUGCGUAUAGUCCCUAUUCCAAUAUUUGAAAAUAAUUACUCUUACCUUAUCAUUGAUGAUAAAACAAAUGAAGCUGCUGCAGUUGAUCCAGCUGAACCCCGAAAGGUUUUAACGGCUCUUGCUCAAACUGGAGCGAGAUUAACAUCAGUUUUGACGACGCAUCAUCAUCAGUAA